AUGGGGAGUUCUCCAUGCGAAGAGGGACAGGUGGUGAAAAGUCCGACGAAAAUAAUUUUCUUUUAUGAAGAUAUCGUGGAAGAAUUGAAAGCUCCAAAGAACCUAUCACAUGAAUCGUGUACCCCAUUGAAAGGGAGAAACAAUGAUGAAGCAAAAGAGAAUUACAAAAAUAAUGUUCAUGGAAGUGAAGAAAGCAGUGCCUUGUUCAUAAUGGGGGAAGACAACAACAAGCCAGAGGGGGAAGAAAAAAAUAAUGGAAGGUUACUUAACACAGAUAUAUUAAACGAUACUGUGUGUAGUUCACGUGGGAAGUAUGCAUUUGAACGAGGGAAUAAUUCCAAGGUAGGGAUUCAAGAGGAGGGUAAAGUGUUAGAUCAGGAAAGAAGUGACAGCACGUUCGCUAAUGAGUGUAUUAUUCAUGAAUCUCCCAUGAUUAGAAAAAGGUCAAAUGAGGAUAUGUCACCGCCGCAUGAAAUGGAGCAUGUGAACCCUUACACAAGGGAAGAAGGGGUGAAAGGGAAUAUGUGUGAAGGAAUUUGUGGCGUUAUUUUCACAUGUGAUAGUGGGGACUCGAGCGGGAGUUUAAUCGAAGAGAAUGAAGAAGACUCGCUGGAGAGAGAGAAGACGGUUAUGAUUCCUUCCAAUUGUGAAUCGUCCUCUGCAGGGGGAGAUGCAAAUGUACCAAAUAGUAAUUCUUCAUCUGAGUCCACAAGGAGAAAUGCAUGUACAAACGCAUUUGAGGACAUAGCGGCGGGGAAGGAGACAGAGCUGCUGGGGCAACCACCGGAGGGGACAACACCUCCCAGUUCGUCUGUCUGUCCAACGGAGCUAAGCAACCAUGUGGGGGAGGACAUCCAUCUGAGUCAGCUGAAAAAAAGCCCCGACAAGGACAGAACUUCCGACACGUCCUCUGAUAAUUUCGCAGACUUAAAUUUAUCCGACAGUUCGCUCGGUUCCGCAGAGGACGUAGUGGCUGCCCUGUCACGGGGUAGUGAGGACGUGUUUAAAAUGGAGGGCCAGAUAAACGAAUACUCUGAAAAGGCGAUACAGGAUUGGGUUAAGAAGUGGCAGGAUUGCUUCAAUCGACCCAACAUAGACAACGAACUUGAGCCAAGCAUGUUGGGGAAACUGCCUGAGGAGUGCUACCUUGGGGAGGACAAACGCCAGCGCGAACGUGAAGGGAGUGGUUGUGACCAUUCGAUUAGCAACCCCCUCGUUGGGGUCUGCAAUGGUGGAAACGGCCGAAAUACAAACACCCAUAUUUACAGUGAACAAAUGAAGGAAGCAUCUUCUGGCUGUUCGCUGAAGAAGUGGGCACAUUUAUACAACCCUAUGGUGGGGAAGAGAAAAAAAAGAAAAAAGAAAAAAAAAGUCAGACAAAAUGGACCAAUCAUGCGCGAUAUAGAAAGUGCAGCACACGCAGGGUGUUGCGAUUAUUUUAACUCGCGUGGAAUGACGAGGGACACACGAAAAGGUAGCCACUCGAUGGGCACUUUCAGGUAUGGAGAUGCCCCAUUAAGUAGUAACAAGACCAGGACCUGCAUUUGCACUGACGGGGUUGGAAACAAAACGAACACCAUUCGUGAUGGUAGAAAUGUCCACAUGCUACUCAAGUGCAACCAGUGCAGAUUGUAUGACCUGUUCAGACAAAAUAACAGAGCACUGUCGGAGGUUUAUUUUAACAUGGUGACAAACUCAUGCAGGAAUGACUUUCAAAGGAGAGGUAGGAAUCAGUUACAGAUGGAGAAAAUGGUUCGCAGUGGUGAGGAAGUACAGCUACGAUGUUGUCCCCACUCCUUGGCACAUACAAAUUGGUGUUACCCUCUCCAUUCAACAGAUGAAUCACUUUGUCAUGAUGCAAUAUGUGGUCUGGCCUGGGGUGGGACACAUGUAAACCAGAGAAACGUAUUAUCAUGCAGGGAGCACUACUGUCCCCACUGGGGCAAUGACGACAGGGGUGAUUGUAAAAGUUACAAUGAUGGGGACACGAACAUACAGGAUAGCAUAUCCGUAUUGGAAGAGAAAUAUGCCUCUGUAGAUGGGAGUACGGAGACGAUACCAAACGGUGUAAGGUGCGGGGGGAAGAUGGAGAGUGCCUUUAAGGGGAGUACCCACAUGGAUAGCACGUGUAGGGGCAGCAUGAAGAUGAAUCACCCCUUUGCAAUGCCCUAUCACGAUUGUGCAUUCACGCGGAAUGAUAGCAAUAUCUACCCCCCUGGGCACGCUGCGCAGGGUAGGAGGACAUGGAACAGCUGCUUCGCAAGAAGGUUAGCUCAAGUGAGUUAUCCUCAAAGGGGGGGGACUUCCAGUUGGUCAAAUAUGGUUCAGUCGAAUGCGCAUCCGUAUGGUGUCUUUCCCCCCCGCGCCACUUGUACCACUGAGUCUGAUGCAGCCGUUUCGGAAGUCUUCCCGGGGAAAGUCCCCUCCGCUCAUGUGCAGGAGAAUAAGGAGAAGUCAGUGUGCGAUUGUGCUGCUCGAGGUAAGGGCGCAUACGAAGGGCGGAUGGUCCACUGGUGCACUUGCGAUGGACUCGCCUGCUGUGGAUGCCUUUGUUGUCGGAGCUGUUGCUGUGGUUACAGCUGCGAUGAGCGCCUGCAUGACCAGGCGUGCAAAAUUGUGAAUUGGCACAACGUGCUGGACAACCAGUUGCCCUCGAAUUACAUAGACGUGGACGCGAGCCCCGAGUGGGUGCGCGGCAGUCUCUUCCAUUGCGCUGCGGAAAGUGGUGAUAGGAAGGCAGAGAAACAGCAGCGCAAGGAAAAAGGGGGUAGAAGUUCGAACAUUGAAGCAGACAAGCUGAAUGACGUACCACGGCGGGAAGAGGAACUUAUAGGGGACGAAAGAAAGACGAUCCAAAAGGUCGCACCUGGAAAGGGGAGCCACCCGGUUCGCGAAACCAACAUGCUUGGGAACUCAAAUGAAAGCGAAAAGAACAGCAGAGUAUGUCAUGUGUCGAGCAAGAAUGAUGAAAUUUGCGUCUUCCCCCAGGAGGAGCAAAAAAGCCUGGAAGGAAUCACAAUGGGCAACACCCGCAGUGUAGGAAAUGAAGACCGUAACGUUGAUAUGUGCAUUGAGGAGAGUAGCAGGGACUACAAUUGUGAGCAAAGUGCGGACGGAAGCAACCCGAAGGACGCGCCGCCUGAUGGGAAGAAGAAGAAGAAAAACGAGAAGAACAACAACAGCCCAAAAGACUUCAAUAGGACAAAAAAGCAAAAAAAGAAAAAAAGAAAAAAAAAAAUACUCAAUGUGAAAAAGUACUACGACAGCAAUUCUACCAACCUGUUCUGGAGUGACCUUCGCAAUUUGAACAUGCCACAGGUGACCCAGGUGGAACAGCUGACUGAGGUGGCGGAGCUCACGCAACUGGACAAGCUUACACGUAGCAUGCACACAGGUGGAGCUAGCCGAGAUGAUACAUCCAUUCAGGACCACGACCAAUAUGAAAACGUGAACUUGCAGAGUACGCAUAUAAAAAAGUACGAGCUACGCACAAAGAGAAAAGUCAAAUAUGCUUGGCCCUCCAUAAUUAAGAAGCUACGGAGGGACGACUCGCGCUUAGUGUAUGAUCCCUUUUUGUAUAAUAGUACGUGGCGGAUAAAAAAGGCUUGA